GUGGCGACCCGCGGGUCGGGGCGCGUUCACCGACCGCCCACAGUCGCCCGAGCGGCUGUCCGCGGUGGCCAAGGGCGAGGUGGCCACCACGGCGCCCACCAAGCCCUCGUACGUGCCGCCACACCUCAGGGCUGCCGGUGUCAUCGCCCCCGCUGCCCCCUCCGCCAAGUUCAGUUUGGCACGGGACGAGGACGACAAGCCGGGCAGGAUACGCAGCGGGGCGGGCAGGGCGCCCGUGCCGCCGGGCGCUGAGUUCGUGGGCGGUGCGGGCGGCGGCAAGGCUGCCAGCAAGAACGCCAAGCGGCGAGCCAAGAAGAAGGGC